GUUCGAAGGCACUUCAAGGAAUUCCUGAGUAAGUGAUAGAGAGACGAUUUGAAUCAUAGUCGAGGCGACGUCGACAGUUGACUGAUUCCAGACAUGCAUGCGAUGGAUUGGUUCAAAAACAAAACCAGAGUUCUCACAGACACUUUCAAUCCCUCGUUCGCUCGUCUCUAGGACACUAUCGUCUGGGCAAUACGAGAUAUGUGUACCGGGAAAAGCUUUUGAGGAUGCAUCGGCGUUUGUCGAACCACGGGAACAAGUAUCCGACCGCCGAAUCGGAGAACAAUUACGAGGAAAACGAGGACGGAACUACAAACGCAACAAGCAGCAGCAAUAGUAGCCGGAAGAACCAGAUGAUGAACCACAAGAACAUGAUGCUAGAAAUCGACGUUGCUCAUCUCGGGGAAUACGAUGGAUCGCUCCUGGGGUAUUUGCGGGAAUCUCCGUCUGCGAUACUGCCGGAGCUGGAGGUUGCAGCUGGGAAAGCCCUCGAUUCAUUGCUUUACGAUUUAAGGGAGUCUUCCUCCACAUCGCAUGGAAAUACCCAAAACGAGGACGACGAUCUAGAUAACGACGAAGGGAACAGGAGCGAGGCAAACGAAAACGGAAACAACAACAGGACUAACAACAACGAUGGCAGAGCCUCUUCCGAGUGGUCGAUCCAGAUCUUGCUCAAGGGAAACCUCACUUCCACGCCGCUGCGCCAGAUCCAGAGCCAGCACAUCAACCGCCUCAUCAAAUGCCCGGGUAUUGUCAUCAGCGCAACACCCAUCCAGGUUCGCGCCGUGAAACUCACGGUUCGGUGCAACAGGUGCAUGGACACCCAUUCGAUCAGCGCCACGGAGGGCCCCUACGGAAACGUUCCCCUCCCGCAGCGUUGCCAGGGCGUAGAGCCGAAGGAAUGUGGGCCCUACCCAUACUCGAUUGUAGCGGACGAGUCCCUGUUCAGCGACCGGCAAAAACUCAAGCUCCAAGAGUCGCCGGAAAGAGUUCCGACGGGAGAAAUGCCACGGAGCGUCAUGGUCGCCGUCGAAAAGGGACUGGUGGACAAAGCCCCACCGGGGACCCGUGUAAGCCUCUUUUGUAUUCCGACGCUCUUCAACGGUGGUGGUGGAGCCCCUGGACAGAGGGGAGGAGCGGGUGCCGUCCAGAAAGUAUACCUGAGGUGCGUUGGAAUGUCCAAGGAUCAGGCCUCUGGCGAGGCCGCAAGAUUCACACCCGCCGAGGAGGAAGCCUUYCAGCAAUUCUCCAAGCGGGCGGAUGCCUACGAGAUUUUGACCCGCUCGGUCGCUCCAAGCAUCCAGGGCUCGUACACGGUCGACAUCAAGAAAGCUCUGGUGUGCAUGCUAAUGGGUGGAACCCGCAAGCGGCUGCCGGACGGCAUGCGGCUCCGUGGGGACAUAAACGUUUUGCUGCUGGGGGAUCCAUCGACUGCCAAGUCGCAGUUUCUCAAGUUUGUAGGCAAGACCUCCCCGAUCGGAAUCUACACCUCCGGUAAGGGUUCGUCUGCAGCGGGUCUCACGGCGAGCGUGGUGAAGAACGCGGCCGGUGAGUUCUACCUGGAAGGCGGGGCGAUGGUUCUGGCAGAUGGCGGAAUCGUCUGCAUCGACGAAUUCGACAAGAUGCGACCCCAGGAUCGGGUAGCAAUCCAUGAGGCCAUGGAGCAGCAGACGAUCAGUAUCGCAAAGGCCGGAAUCACCACCGUUCUGAACAGCAGGUCCGCGGUCCUGGCCGCKGCAAACCCCGUCUUUGGACGCUAUGACGACUUCAAGUCGGCGUCGGAAAACAUCGACCUGAUGACCACAAUCCUGUCCCGGUUCGACAUGAUCUUUUUGGUGCGCGACGUGCGAGAGGAGGAGCGUGACCUCAUGAUYUGCCGACACGUGAUGGGGGUCCACAUCCGGGGAGGUGCCCCCGACAGCAACGCUCCCAGUGGGGGGCCCUCCGGGACGGGAGGCCUGGGUUUCCUGGCCGGGCUAUCGAUGGGAGGGGCAGGCGGUGAAGGCGGAGGAGACCGGGCCAGGUGAGUUUGGUGGCUAGGUGCCGRAACAUCUUUUCAAGCAGAGGAGAACUACUGCGAAGCGACAAUURUGCGCAUUUCGUUGUUUUGCAAAUCGAUUGYAUGUUACCUAACGCUGUUUCYGCUUCCUCGUUUCUUCGGGGUUUUGCAUCACUCAGAUCCGAAGCCCAGAGCAACACCCCYGAGGCCAUUGCAGAAAACGUAAUGCGGCUGGCCACUACGGGGCAGGGCGAGCUAGACGUUCCUUCCAUGAAGAAAUACAUCCAAUACUGCAAAUCGAGGUGCAAGCCAACCCUGUCGGAAGAAGCCGGCCAAGUGCUGACCAGCUCGUACGUGAAAAUUCGGGACGACGUGCGCAAAUCGACCCUUCAGUCGCUCGGUGAGGACGCACAAGCCACCAUCCCCAUCACGGUGCGCCAGCUCGAGGCCCUGGUCCGCAUCUCCGAGAGCCUGGCAAAAAUCCGGCUCGAUUCGGAGGUUCGGAUCGAGGACGUGAACGAGGCCCUGCGGCUGUUCCGGGUGUCGACCAUGGCCGCUAACUCGGCUGACCAGGCCAACGGCGCCGGUGGAACGGGUAGCGGAAAUCCCUUCCUAAACGGAGCGGGCGGGAACAACCGGGAGGAAUUUGACCGUGCGCAGGGCUUUUUGCGGUGCCGGCUGGCCAUCGGAAGCACGGUCAACAAGCAAAAACUGAUCGAGGAAGGAUCGGGGCAGGGAUACGACUUCAUGACCAUGGUGCGUGUGCUUUCUGCUAUGGCGCAGCGGGGUGAACUGCUGGAGMGAAACCAAGGCCGGCUCCUGAAGAGAAUAAAAUAGUCACUAUUAAUCAGGGCACUGCCAAGUCUAUUGGAAUCAGGGCACUGCCAAGUCUAUUGGGAGCAAUAAAAGAWCAGUUUUAGA